AUGGUGCAAAUUACACGAUUAUUAGAAUCAUUACAAUUCGCUCCUCUAGCUGGACGAGUAUUGUUUAAAAAUGUAAAAUAUCGAUCAAUAAAUCAAUCAUUUUCAAUAUUGAAAGGACACGUAACUGUUCGAUAUUGGCUAUGGAAUGUUCGCAAGGAAUGUCAAAGCCAAGAUAAUAAUGGUAGCAUUGCUACCGAUAAUGUUCUACCUUGUCGGAUCGUAUGUUGUUUACACGGAGUUGAAUGGUUUGUAUACAACAGAACACCUGCAUAUGAUGCUGUAGAAAGUAUCAUAAAUAAAGCACUUAAUAGAGAAGAACAUUCUGACCGUACGAGUACUUCGAACACGAUCCUAAAUGAAGCUGAAGAUAUUACUGUUAAUCUCAAUGAUAGCGACACAGGUGAAAUGGAUUUUUCUGAAGAGUCUUUCUUUCAAAAGUUAUUACCUAUUGAGAUAGAUCUCGAAAGGGGUUCCAUCAUCUUUGGCAAUGCAAAUACACCUUCGCUUCUCGUUGCGGAAUUUUCUCAAGCUAGUGGUAUAUAUGCUGCAGUAAAGUCACGUUCAAGAUUUGAUUAUUACAAGUCGUUUAUUGAUCUAAAAUUUCGAGGGCCCAAGAUCCAUCUUAGAACUAAUAUUGAUUUUAAAGAGCUUACUUUAAGUACUGGAGCUCGUACGGGAGCGGAAAAUAUAUCUCCAAGGAUUGUGAGAUAUAAAUUGUUAAAAUCAUUUCACCUUAUACUUAAGGCCAACGAAGAAUGA